AUGAGACUCACUUCCAUAGUUGUGGGGUCAACUUCUGGCUUCAUUCUGCUAUCUCUCAUCGUUUUGCUGGCUUAUUGUCAAUUGGCCAGAGCUGCAACCAAUCAAGAAAAUUCACAGUGGGGACCAAAAUCAUUGGCGACGUCAAAAGCGAACACCUCCUCAUUGUUACCAUCCGAUUUAUGUCGUUACUUCUCAAUAAGCGAGGUAAGAGCAGCCACUAAUAAUUUUCAUGAUAGUUUAAUUAUUGGUGUCGGAGGGUUUGGUAAUGUCUAUAAAGGCCACAUUGAGAACGGUUCAAUUCCUGUGGCAAUCAAACGGCUCAAACAAGGUUCACAACAAGGGCUUAAAGAGUUUGAAACUGAGAUUGAAAUGCUUUCUCAACUUCGACACCAUCAUUUGGUAUCUCUCAUUGGUUAUUGCAACGAUGACAAUGAGAUGAUCCUUGUCUAUGAGUUCAUGGCUCGUGGGACCUUUCGUGAGCAUCUUUACGAUUCUGAAAACCAACCACUUUCUUGGAAUCAAAGGCUGCAGAUUUGCCUAGGUGCUGCGCGAGGACUACAUUAUCUACAUACAGGUGCAAAGCAAGCAAUCAUUCAUCGCGACGUCAAGUCAACAAACAUCUUAAUAGAUGAGAAUUGGAUGGCCAAGAUUUCGGAUUUUGGACUCUCUAAAAUGGGACCUGGGGGUAUCUCUAGAUCUAACAUUAACAUAAGCACAUUAGUGAAAGGAAGCAUUGGUUAUAUGGAUCCAGAAUACUACACAUUGCAAAUCUUGACGGAUAAGUCAGACGUGUUUUCAUUUGGAGUUGUGUUGUUAGAGGGAUUAUGUGGGAGGCCUCCUAUUCUCCGUGCGGUGGACGGGGAGCGACAAAACCUUGUAGACUGGUUUCAAAGACAUGUUCAUGAGAAUGCCAUCUAUGAGACGGUGGAUCCAUUCAUCAGAGAAAGUAUAAUGCCGGAGUGCUUAAAGGCAUAUACUGAGAUUGCAUUGAAAUGCGUAGCUAAAAAUGGGAAUGAACGGCCAUCGAUGGGUGAUGUGAUGUUAUGCCUAGAGUAUUUAACGGAGACAGUGAACAAAGCGGAGAAGACAAAGCUUGGUGGGACUCUAAAUGAGGACAUUAUUGUUGAAGAAGGAUCACUAUUCGAUGGGUGAUGGAUGUGCCAGUUUUGACUUUUUCUGAUAGUACUAGUUGAAUCUU